AUGGUUGAGGUAUUUUACCAGCUACAUUGUUUGUGGAGACACCUGAAAUCACAGCCGAUUUUUCCUUUUCUUCGUGCUGCUUUUUACGCUCUUCUUCCGCCUGAAUUUCACGUAGAGAAGGAGGAAGAAGCGAUGAAAAAACGUAACAAGAUACGUGAGAUGCAACAAGCGUUGGUUAGCUCUUCCGCAUCUAGUGGAACGACUGCUCCAAAUAACAUGGGAAAACGCUAUGCGGAUACGGUAUCCAUUGGAAAUUUAAACAAGCCAUCGAUAAGCUCCACGACUAAUGCUUGGACAACUGUUGCAAGUAAAACAUCUAACCGCAUCACUACUACUACUCCAACGAAUAUUUUGAACUCAAGUAGCGUAUUACCUGGUGUAACAAAAACAAAUAUAGCUACUAGAGAUGCUUCGCUUUUAGAUACCGAACACAAGCAGAUUAACGGCGUUCAGACUGGAUUAAGAGUUGUAAACCAAUCUGCCAAGCCUGCUGAGGCCUUAAAAAGUGGUACCAGAACAACUGCUAAUACGGGUAUACCUAAACCUAUGACAAAUAAAUUUUUAAAAUGGUGUAGAAAUGCUUUACGCGGAUUGAAUAACCCAAAUGUUGACGAGUUUAUUCAGAUGUUAUUAACGUUUCCUCUUGAUCCACCCCCGGAAACUAUCGAGAUUAUUCAAGAUUCUAUUUAUGCUACCUCACCAACACUAGAUGGUCGUCGAUUUGCUGACGAAUUUAUUAAAAGAAGGAAAGCUGAUGCAAAUGGAUUGCCAAUGAGCAGUUUAUUAAGCCAUCAUUCGGACAGUAAAUUGAACAAAGAUCUUUCAAAUGGAAGUAAUAGUGCAAAGGACGAUUAUACAGGGAAUGGUGCUGGUGCUUUUAAAGUAGUAACGACUAAAAAGAGUAAAAAAAAUAAGCACUGA